UUCAUUUCGAAUUCGUUCCCAACCGCAACCCCACCCACCACCCCGCCCGAGUCAUUUGCCCUCUUCCGAGUCUUCUCCCCUCCCCCAAAUCUCCCCUGACGACGGCGUCUGUGGCGUCCUCCACCGAAAAAUUCUCUCUAUCUCUCACUCACAAACGCAUUGACACAGUGACUACCUGACGUGUGGGUACAGUUUUGGAGCUCGGUAUUGCACUUUGUUUGCUCAUACGUUGAUUUUUGUCUUGGCACAUCAUCUGUUCGACGGAAGUACCGAACCAAACACAACUUGAGAUGAUUUGCAUAUUUACUGUUUCGAGGGGACACUCUGGCAACUUGUGAGGACGUUAGAGCAUUAGCAUUGGGUUCAUUUAAAGCCUAGCCAAAUGCAAAAUAUGAUGAAUUUCAUUAAAAUACAGGAGUGGCAGGGUUGGGGCACCACGUCUCCUGUACCAGCCAUGGUCACGAAAAUCAUGGAGGAGUUGAAGGCUUUGGAGACAGAUAUUGAUGAGCUUUGGCCGUAGUGUUAAAAUAGCCUAAUGGGCAAAGAGGAAGCUGGAAGGUCACCCAAGCCUUCUACAUCGAUGUCGUCGAUCCAGGAAUAUUAUAGUCCCGUAAAUCCAUACUACCCGCCAUUUAUGAUGCUUCCAAAUACAUAUAUAAAUCCAUAUCCAAAUCCACAUCCGUAUCCUUGGGGUAGCCAGCAUCCGUCGAUGCCACCUCUUGGACCAACUCUACCCUACCCUUCGUCAAGUAAUCCGGAGGAGUUAAGAGGAUCUCAAGAGACUAGCCAAGUAGAUCAUCCGUCGAUGCCACCUCUUGGACCAACUCUACUCUACCCUUCCACUAGUAAUCCGGAUGAGUUAAGAAGAUUUCAAGAGACUAGCCAGCAUUCGUCAAUGCCCCCUCUUGGCCCAACUCUACCCUACCCAUCGUCUGAAAAAAAAUUGGAGGAGUUAAAAAGAGAUCAAGAGACUAGUCAGCAUCCCUCGAUGCCACCUCUUGGAUCAACUCUACCCUAUCCUUUGUCAAGUAGUCUGGAGGAGUUUAGAAGAUCUGAAGUGACCACACAACGUGUAAGUGAUUCGUCCACCAUGCCUAAUAGUGUAGAAAGUGAGAAGAAUGUUGGAGGUACAUCACACACAACUGAUCAAAGCUAUCAUAUUAGUAGCGAGGAUAAAGAAGCAACAUCCGACGUACAUAAAGAGGCGGAGGAGACUAAUGAUGUAUCUAAUGAUGAUGAACGAGUUGAAAUACCAAAAUCUGGUAUGGAGUUUGCUACUGAGAAAGAACUUUUGGCUUAUUACAAACGAUAUGCCAAGCAAGUGGGUUUUGGUGUGAAAACACAGAGGACAAAGCGAGAGGCAAAUGGUAGUGUUAAGUAUGUCACAAUUGGGUGUGCACGUAGUGGCAAGUAUCAUCCUAGCCAUGGUAAUGUCUCUAGGUCACGACCGACAAUUAAAACAGAUUGUAAGGCGAAGAUAAAUGCUCACUUGGUGAAUGGGGUAUGGGUUUUGACCACUGUUGAGAUUGCUCACAAUCAUACCGUAAGCCCACAAAAUUCUAGAUUUUUUAGAUCUCAUAAGUUUUUAGAUGAAUAUAGUCAAAAAAUGCUUGAUUUGAAUGACAAAGCAGUUGUUCAAAUGAACAAAAAUUUCAAUGAUGUUGUUGACGCGGAGGGGUCUGAGAAUCUUGAAUUUGCAGAAAAAGAUUGUUUGAAUUUUAUUGACAAAGCCAUACACUUAAGGCUUGGUAAAGGAGGUGGUAAAACACUUAGUGACUACUUUGAUAGAAUGAGAGAGAUGAAUGAUGGCUUUGUUUCUGUUAUGGAUAUGGAUGAUGAGUUUAGAGUAAAAAAUGUGUUCUGGGCUGACGCACGCAGUCGAGCAGCAUAUGAGUAUUUUGGAAAUGUUAUCACCUUUGAUACAAUGUUUCUAACAAAUAGGUAUAGUAUACCUUUUGUUGCCUUUGUGGGUGUAAACCAUCAUGGGCAAUCUAUAUUGUUAGGGGCUGGAUUGAUUUCAGGCGAGGACACAAGUACGUUUGUUUGGUUGUUUCGAGCAUGGUUGAAGUGCAUGCAUGAUCGGGCUCCCAAAGCCAUAAUAACAGAUCAUGAUCAGGCAAUGAAGAGUGCUAUUUCCAUUGUAUUUCCAGAUACUCGUCAUAGAUAUUGUCUCUGGCACAUAAUGCGAAAACUACCAGAAAAAUUGGGAUCUCACUCUCAAUUCAACGCAGGGUUGAAGACUUCUAUUCAGAGUACCCUAUAUGAUUCACAAACUUGUGAGGAGUUUGAGGACAAAUGGGGGCAACUACUUGAUACGUAUAAUCUUGGUUCUAAUGCAUGGCUACAAGGAUUGUACAAUGACAGGUCUUUUUGGGUACCGGUUUACUUGAAGAAUGUUUUUUGGGCUGGUAUGAGCACUACACAGCGAUCUGAAAGAAUGAAUGCUUUUUUCGACGGGUUUGUUUAUUCUGGUACAACAUUAAAGGAAUUUGUUGAUCAAUUUGAAAAUGCGCUAAAGAAAAAGGUGGAGGUUGAGGCUAUAGCUGAUUUCAAUUCCUUCAACCAAACGAUUCAAUGCUUAUCCCCUUUUGGCAUUGAAAAACAAUUUCAAAUGGUUUAUACAAAUGCAAAGUUCAAGGAGGUCCAACGAGAGGUGUUGGGGAUGAUUUUAUGCAAUUGCACACUUGUUAGCACUAAAGGUUGUAUUUCCACAUUUGAUGUUUUAGAUCAAAUUUCCAUUGAUGACCAUGUGAAGAGGGUGCAGUACUCAGUUUACUACAACGAAGAAGAAUGUGAAGUGAAAUGCACGUGUGGGUUGUUUGAGAUGAGGGGCAUUUUCUGUAGGCAUGCAUUUUCUGUAUAUAAUAUGAAGAACAUUAAUGUUUUGCCGAAAAAAUAUAUUUUGGAUCGAUGGAGAAAAGACUUAAAGAGGAGAUACACACUGGUCAAGAGUAGCUAUGAUGACUUGCAGGGCAAUACAGAUGCACGAAGGUAUGAGGUUGUGGUGAAAAAAUGCUUGAAAUUAGCGACGCGUGUAUCCCCAAGUGAUGAGCAUUAUAAUGCAUUUUUACGUCAUUUAGAUGAAUUUGAACCUAAAUGUGAAGGCUUAACGUUUGAGUCAAAACUUUGUUCAGCCAAUGUCAAAGAAAAAGUGGUAACCAGUAGAAAGAAAAAACAGACUUGCAGGAAAAUCUUUGAUGAUGAAUCUCAUUCAAGUGAGCUCCCACUAUCUCAACUUGAUAGUAGUGUUGAUGGUUUUGUUAUUGGAACCCAAUAUAGUACUAUCACACAACCAACACCAUCAGGCAAUGAUUAGCAAAAAUGACUGUAAGGACCCUAUGUAACUAAAGAUGUAAAUGCAUAUAAACGAUGUGCUCAAAGGUGUCAUUCUAUGGAGACUUUGAGGUCAUUUCAGAAUCUUUGUUGUUUUUGUCAAAUUGUUAUUGUUGAGUAGUUUGUAGCAAUGUCACUCGGGAAUUUUUUAGGUGGUUGUGAUUUUAGAAUGUGUUGUUAUUGUGGAGUAGUUUUUAGCAAUGUAACUCGGAAUUUGUAGAUGAUGAACUGGUAGAUGAACCGGUAAAACUAACCAAACCGGUGUGUUCAAUCCGGUUCCUGUUCCUAAUGAUAAAAAAGGGUUAGAAACUGGUCCGAUUUCGGUUUUAA